GCGAUUACUUCGCGAUCGGGGAACACGGAGAGAGAGAGAGAGAGAGAGAGAGAUGGAGCACUCGGAAGGGACUUCGGCAAUGGCGAGGCCUCCUUCUCCGGCGUCGUCGUGUAGCUCCUCGCAUUCCUCUCAGUUUCCUCCUUCUUCGUCGUCCUCCUCCAGGUUCCCUCCCCUCCCGAUCAUGGCCCUCCGCGAGAAGAUCGUCGAGAAGAUCCUCGAGAAUCGCGUCACCCUCAUCGUCGGCGAAACCGGAUGCGGGAAGAGCUCUCAAGUACCUCAGUUUCUGCUAGAGAGAAACAUCUAUCCUGUAAUAUGUGCCCAAACUAGCAGAUCUGCAGUAGUAGCCAUGGCUACAAUGGUUGCAAAAGCCCGUAAUUGUGAGUUGGGGGAAGUUGGAUAUCAUGUUGGUCAUUUAAAGAAUAUAUCAUCCAGCUCAAAGAUUGCUUUCAAAACUGGAAUUUUGUUAGAAGAAUUACGCGAGAAGGGUCUGAAUGCGCUUGAUUGCAAGGCUAUCAUACUAGAUGAAGUGCAUGAAAGAUCUGUAGAGUCUGAUCUCCUUCUUAUCUACGUGAAGCAGUUUCUCCUGGAGAACAACAACCUUAGGGUGGUAUUAAUGUCUGCAACAGCCGAUAUUGCAAAAUACAGGGACUAUUUUGGAGAUAUUGCUAGGAAUGAAAGAGUAGAGGUGGUUGCCAUUCCUAACUCCAACCAGCAAACCAUUUAUCAAAAAGAGUUUUAUAUCUUGAGCAGUCAAUUGGUAUCGGAGCCAGUAAAAUUGCGGGUGAGCAGAGCCAGGUCUGGUAACGUUGGUAAUGGAAGCCACCGUCCCGCUGGCAAAAAUCAGGGGGUGCAGGCCUUGUGGACGGAUACUCGUUGUCUCAAGGCAUCUCAACGGGCCAUGGAGGUUGCAAAUCCGAGAGGCUGUUUUAAGCCCUACUGCAAAUCCGAGAGCUUCUUCAGAGACGAUACCAAUGACCCAAGAUUUGAUGAGUCAGAUCUGUCCCAACCCAUGAUAUGCAAUCAGGGGUUGCAAUCUGCUGCCUUUCUCGAUCAAGUAACCGAAUUGCUUGGAAUUGGUUCAGAGUCAUUGUCAGUGAAAUAUUGCAAUGGGGAAAGCCCUUCAACAGCCAAGGCAGAAAUUGAACCUCAAGUCCACAGACUCAUUCAUGAUCUGAUAAUGCAUAUACAUGAAAACGAGCCAGACAUUGAAAAAAGCAUAUUAAUUUUUCUGCCAACAUAUGCUGCACGGGUGCAGCAAUGGCACCUUUUGAAGUCCUUAAAUUCAUUGUUCAAAGUCAUUUUGCAUGACAUCAUAGACACAGAACAAGCUUUGUUGGAUAUGAAGAUCUGGAAGUCCCACCGUAAGAUAAUACUAGCUGUACAAAGUGCUGAGUCAUCAGUGACAAUUCCGGAAGUAGCUUUUAUAAUUGACUCGUGUCGAUCACUACAAGUUUACUGGGACGUUAAUAGGAAAUGUGAAUUCUCGGGGUUGGUGUGGGUAUCGAAAUCUCAGGCUGAGCAACGAAGAGGAAGAACUGGUCGGACCUGUGAUGGAGAGAUUUAUAGAUUGGUAACUCGAUCAUUUUUCAGUGAUCUAAAGGAUUACGAGGGUCCAACUAUACUGAGAUUACCACUGCAACAGGAAAUAUUUCUAAUCUGUUGCGCUGAACAAGAGACCAUUAAUGAUCCCAGAGUAUUGUUGCAGAAGGCUUUAGACCCUCCUGAUCCUGAUGUUGUUCAGGAUGCAUUAGAUUUACUAGUUCAUAUGGGUGCACUCCAGACAUCUCAUAGAGGGAGGCUUGAGCCAACAUUCUAUGGACAUCUGCUUGCCAGUUUCUCUCUGUCUUUUGAUGCAUCUCUGCUCAUAGUUAAGUUUGGGGAAGUUGGAUUGCUGCAUGAGGGCAUUCUUCUUGGUGUAUUGAUGGAUACGCAACCUCGACCCAUCAUCCAUUAUUUUGGGGAGGAUGAUUUGUUCAAAAAGUACCUUCACUGCUACUUCAGCAGAGAUACCAACAAACCCCCAAUCGGUCCUCUGAAGGAGGUGAUCUUGAUGGCAAACUUGGGUGCCUUUAAAUUUUGGCAGCGCAUUUUCAAGGACAAGUAUCGCACGAAGCAUUUAAAUCAAGUUCUACAAUCUGAUGACAUGAAGGCUACAGAGAAGAUGGUGGUGGAGGCUGAAGAAGAAUGGUGCUUCUUUCAUAAUCUUAAGCAGCCAUCACUUAAUCAUGUCGCUGAAAAAUAUGAAGAUGUCCUGAGUUCAUUACAUCGAUUUCGGCCCAAUUUCCUUGGUGCAUCUGAUGGUUUUCCUUCGUAUUACUGUCCUCGUGACUUCCAACACAAAUGCCUUCUUGAGUGUCUGCCGAAUGAAAAUGAAGAUGAAGAUGAAGAUGAAGAUGCAGCUGGCCUAGAUGACGAAGAACUUAAUGUAUCUGUCUACACCAGGGAAUGUGUUGCUAGGCCAUUUGUUGCCCCAAAUGACUUCAAGACAAAAAAUGUGGCUGACAAAUUGACAGCUGUUGUGAAAGAGAUGAAAGCUCAUUACUUUGGAUUGGCACCCGGUGAUCAGCCCAAGAGUUCUUGUGAGAGUUGUUUUGCUUUUAACAAUGGGGGUAAGUUAUGUAGACAUUUUCUAAAAGGAUCUAGCAACAGGGGCAGUAAUUGCUCGUUUUCUCAUUCAUUCCGAGCAAAACGACCUAUGUGCAAAUUCUUCGGCACUUUACAGGGUUGUCGAAACGGUGAUUCAUGUUCCUUCUCUCAUGAUCUGGGCACAUCAUUUUCAUCAGUCACUAAGCCAAGUUCAUGCAUCCCAGAAAAUGGCAAUGCUGACCCGGCGCUGCUUAUUCGGUUAUUUCCCUUUGCUGAUGAUGGGAAUAUUCUUAUCUUGGAUGACAUCAACUUCCAUUUUACCUCCAACAUUGCCCGGAUUUAUGAUCCCUUAAGAAUGGUUGCCACCACACGUCUUCUGGAAUCCUCCAUAUCCGAACCAUCAUUGACUGAUGUCAAGAUUAUGUGGGGACUCCAUCACCCAUACCAAACCAUCAUAGGGAAAGCUCCAGAGAGUCAAGUUCUGUGGAAGUCAGUGAAAUGUGUCUUGUGGUUUCCUGAUUUUGAAAUUUGCGGAUGUGGAAAAAAUUUGGAGGGACAGAGAAGUUUCAUAAAGAAUUUCUUCGAGUAUCUGGCAAUUCGGCUACUUGCUGACGCUUCAUGUGAAGUACCCGUCAUUCUUACCAUGAAUAACCUUAGGUUCUCAAACCUGCAGGCAGAGAAGCUGGGAAGGAGCUGCUUCUUCUUUCUCACCCAGUCAUUUCCUUUCGCCGAGCAGAGCUUUGGGGAAUUGGCGGAUGUCAUACCCACCGAGAAACUGAUGGAGGUAUCCAAGCCCAUCUCGUAUGUUUUUCGCAUGUACCCUCCCGUAGACAUCGAGUCCGAUGAUUUCCAAGCCGCGAUUCAAAAAUGUCUGCACGAUGUUCAGUGACAUUCUGUGGCAUAUGGGAUCAAAAGGUCAUUAAUUGGUCAUAAGUAGCUUCGAGGAUUCCUCCUUUUGCGAGGUUCUUCAGUGAAUGCUCUUAGGUAUUGCCGUGUUACGUCAAGACAGAUGACAGGAUGUUCAUUGUAUUGUAUGUACUUGAACUAUUGACAGUCGUUGCUCGUUGCGAUAUUGCUUCUUUGCAUAGUGUGUAGUUUGGUUCAAAAUACUGAAGUAACGCAAACACGAUGAGGUCAACUUGGCCUUUGGAAGCUCUUUUUCAAUC